ACAUCCACACCCUGUCAGGCAUAAUUCUGCGCUUGCUGACACAGACCAGAAAAAAGAAAAUUGGGAGCCCUUCACGCUUCCCUCCCUACCCCCAACCGAACAUCGCAACAACCUCAAACAUCGAUUCAACACAUCAACCAACCAACCAAUUAACUAACUAGUUAACCAACCAACGAACCAGCCAACCAAGCAAUCAACAUGCUCGGAAAACUAGUCCAUUACGCCGCAGAUGCCAUCCUCAUCUCCGCCGUCCUCGCCGGAAUCAAACGCAGCACUGGCUUAACUGUGGCCAGCAAUAAAAUCGAAAGCAAGGACGUUCGCUCAGCUGUGGACAAAUACCUCAGCAUUGGCGAAUGGAUCAUGGACCAAGGCAUCGUCUUCCUGUCAUCAUCAAAGUACUUUGAGCGCAAGCGGUAGAAGCCCAGUCAGCCGAGACUAAUGGAAACAAAAAGGAGUAGAUGACAUGUCGUUGGAAGGUUUUUUUUUCUUUUUCUUUCUUGGAUGAAGCAUCAAUAGUCAAAUAAACGAAGACAGACACAGCCUCUGCUUUUCAAAAAAA